UCUCCCUCCGGCUUUCUCGGCUCCUCCCCUCCAGCGCAACUGCCCUGCAUUGGGGAAUCCGCGACCCUGGUCGUUGAGGACGAUGACCGACAAGAUUCGCCGCGGAGUCUUUGAGAAAUGAGAAUCGGAGGCUUCGAGCAGGACAGUCUCUAGAUAGCAAGUGGAUCUUGGGGACGCGCGCCCUCCUACCUGACGGUCAAUCUUUCGGUGCGGCCUCGCGGAGGUACGGCGGCGGGCUUCCUCAGGUACCUUUCCCCCGCCUUCAACGCCCGCCGGUUUCGUCUGACCGGAGAACAUUGCUUCGAACCACUUCGUCGGCGUUGCUUUCGAGUGACGUCAGAUGUGUGAAGCUGCCCACCCGCUUUGUUCGUGGAGGACUUUCACGGGGAUGUGACAGUUGCCGGAGCUGUGCCGUCCAAGGAAUUGAAGUCGCCAGCUUCCGUUUGCUUGACUGGAAUUCGGUGCCAUUCUUCAAGAAUUGAGGCUCAAAUGCUCAAUUCGCUGCCCUGCCUGCCACUUUCCCCUCCACAACACCAGUUCAUCGCGAGUAGCUUGCAUGAUCCUCGGGGGUCUGCUGCGCUGCGGGUUCUGAUCAGUCUGACAGCUUUCCCUCUGAUUCUUUCGAGGGGACUUCUUGCUCUGGUUUACCUCCUCUAAUAGGUACAGAGAGGCCGUCAUUUCUUUAACAAGCUGCUUCAAGUUGAUCAUCCAAUGCCCUUGCAAUUUGCAUACCUACAAGUCUCAGUCACAUCGUAGAUGGCUCAGAACACCUCCGAAGAUGAUAUAGAAAAUGUGCCAUAUUCAGAUCCAAAUUCACCAAUUUUGACUGGAUACGGUAUCUCGGUUCCUAUUCUUGAUGAUGGACUAGUGCAAGGGACGGCCCGUCAUGAACAACGGAUUCUUGAUUUCCUUAAGGCCACUCCCUCGGUGCAAUGGAUAAAGAAGAUCAAACUUUGUUCGCCAUUGAUAAAAUUUCGGCUGCCAUCCUCUAGCAUCCGCGGCAACCUUCACGUUCACUUCAUCAGAACAAUCAACUGGGGUUCAGUUUUCACUAUAUGCAAGAAAUGGCUCAAGCAUCCUAUGCACAUGGCUCUCCUAAUAUGGCUGCUCUGUGUUGGUGUUGCUGGUGCCAUGUUAAUCUUGCUUCUGUUAGGACUGCUGAAUGAUGCAUUCCCUUCCAAGUCCUUAAGAAACCAAUGGAUAGAGAUUGACAAUCAAAUCCUUAACGCCCUCUUCACCCUCUUGAGCAUAUACGAGCACCCAAAACUAAUCCACCAUACUGUUCUCCUCUACCGGUGGCAGCCCGAGGAUGCAGCCGAGCUCAGAAAAUAUUAUUGCAAGAAUGUGGCACGCCGUCCCAAUGAGCGAGCACACAUAUCCUUUGUGGUGUUUCUCCUCCACAUCACUUGCAUCUCCCAGUAUGCCGACUGUAGCCUCUACUGGGCCUACCCCAGCAAAUCACGCUCUGAGUUUGCUGACAACUUCUUCUUCGUCCUAGGCAUUGCUGCACCGGUUCUUGCUGGAGUGUAUGCAGUGUACAGCCCUCUUGGCAGAGACUAUGAGGCUGUGUCUGAUGAAGAAACCAAAGUACUGGACGCAGUUCUUGUCGAGUCAUCAGAAACAAGAACAGUGGUGAGCAAUCCCGCGUGGGCAGGUGGGCUGUUUGAUUGCAGCGAGGACCCCACAGCUUGCUACCUUUCUUUCCUCUUCACGUUCUGUGUGUUCGGCUGGAACAUGGAGCGACUUGGGUUUGGCAACAUGUAUGUGCACACAUUCACGUUCCUGCUGCUGUGUGUCACGCCAUUCUGGUUGUUCAACAUCACAGCGAUGAACAUCCACAGCUACAUCCUAGGUGAUUUCAUUGGUGCUGCGGGGAUUAUCCUGUGUUUCUUUGGCCUGCUAUAUGGGGGUUUCUGGAGGAUCCAGAUGAGGAAGACAUUUGGGCUGCCCAGAAGCAGGUGGUUCUGUGGAUCAGCAUCGUUGACAGACUAUGUGCAGUGGCUGUUCUGCUGGCCAUGCGCUCUUGCGCAGGAGGUGCGCACAGGGAACCUAUAUGAUGCUAAGGAUGGGAAAUUCUAUAAGAAACUGAUGGAUGGUGUUGAUGUGGAGAGCGGACCAGAAUUUAUAUUUGUGACGGAAUCGCCGGUCUCUAUGGGAGUAGAAGAAGGGAAUGGUAUCAAUGUCAAACUCACGGCAGAUGGUGAAAUGAUCCCACCCACCCAACCAGUAAUAGAAUGUGGGGAGAGGGAAGGAACUGAUUCAGAAGUUGUGGCGAAUGGUAGCAUCCAGCUCAAAAGCGAACCCACUGCUAAAGGAUGAUUUGAGUUGUGGUGUUCAAAAGUAGCCAAGUCAUUCUUCUUCUUUGAUUGACACCACCUUUCAGCACUAUGCUCUUUUGUUGUCCAUUCCUGUUUAGUUAGUCAUUUAGCUAAUAGAUGUAAAAAAAACCGUUAUGUUUAUACCAGAUGUUACCUAUUUCAAGCUUACAAUGUCAAGAGAGAGAAAAAUUCUCCAUUUUAUAAUGUUUGGUCGCUAUAUCAAUAUCAGGUUUAAGCCUCUUAUAGAGCAAUUAUGUAACUCCUCUAAUGUAAUCAGUAACUUAAUUGGUUGGAGACAGUUCAAAAGACAAAAAGGAGAUUCUUAUCUACCCUAUUCC